AGUGUGGGUGUGUGUGGUCGUCUCACGUCGAUUUAGAAAUUUACUCGUGCCCGCAGUUUGCUGUUCGCUGUUCGCCGUUCGCCGUUCGCCGUUUUCGCCUUGUGUGUGGUGUGUCUACUCCAUAUAGACUGCCAAUCGAGUCCAGCUCCGCUUCCGAGCAGCAGCAGAAGAGGCAUCGCAACUCAGCUCAGCUCGCUGAUCCACAGAUCCCGCAGUCCGGUGCAAUUCACGGCCAGGCGAAAACCCAGUCCCAGUCAGCAGCUGAGGAAGAACAAGAACGAACAAGCAGAAGAAGCAGGCCGAAGAGAGGAGCAGUCGCAGUCUUGCAGAGAUGCCUUCUAGCGAUCCCCUGCCGCCCAAGGAGGGCGCGCUCUUCCGCAAGCUACUUAAAUGCUACGAACUGAAGCAGUACAAAAAUGGCCUUAAACUGGCCAAGCAGAUCCUGUCCAACCCCAAGUACAUGGAGCACGGCGAGACGCUGGCCAUGAAGGGGCUUACUCUGAACGGACUGGGGCGCCGCGAGGAGGCCUACAAGUAUGUGCGUCUGGGUCUGCGCAACGACUUGCGCUCCCACGUUUGCUGGCACGUCUACGGACUGCUCCAGCGCAGCGACAAGAAGUACGACGAGGCCAUCAAGUGCUACCGCAACGCGCUCAAGUGGGAGAAGGACAACCUGCAGAUCCUGAAGGACCUGUCGCUUCUCCAGAUCCAAAUGCGCGACCUCGAGGGCUACAAGGAGACGCGCCACCACCUGUUCACGCUGCGUCCCUCGCAGCACGCCUCCUGGAUCGGUUUCGCCAUGAGCUACCAUCUGCUGGGUGACUACGACAUGGCCAACAGCAUCCUGGAGACGUUCAGCCAGUCGCAAACGUCGAUUGAGGCGCACGAUUACCGGCACUCGGAGCUGCUGCUCUACCAGAACCAGAUACUCAUCGAGUCGAAUCGCCUGCAGCAGGCCGUGGACCACCUGACCAAGUACCAGGGCCAGAUCGUCGACAAGCUGGCCGUUCGCGAGACCAUGGGCGAUCUGUACAUCAAGCUGCAGCAGCAGGAGAAGGCAGUGCCCAUCUUUGAGUCUCUGAUCCGCCGCAAUCCGGAGAACGUGCUCUACUACGAGCAGUACAUUGCUGCCCGCCAGGUGACCGACUCAAGCGCCGUGGUGUCGAUCUAUCGCGUGUUCCAGGAGCAGUAUCCGCGCGCCCUGUGCCCUCGCCGCCUGCCUUUGAACAUCGCCAACGGCGACGAGUUCCGCGUCGUGACCGACGAGUACCUGCGCCGCGGUCUGCGUAAGGGCAUUCCGCCGCUAUUUGUCAACGUGCGCACUCUGCACCAGAUACCGGAGAGGGCGGCCGUCAUCGAGGAGCUGGCGCUGCAGUAUUUCGAGAACCUUACCCGUUCUGGUCACUUUUCUCGCGAAGAUGCCGACGCCGGGAUUCCCGUCGAGCCGGCCUCGGCACUGGUGUGGACGGCACUGUUUCUGGCGCAGCACUACGACUACAUGCGCGAUACGGACCGCGCUCUGGAGUACAUCAAUGUGGCGAUCGACCAUACGCCAACACUCAUUGAGCUGCUUAUCACCAAGGGUCGCAUCUUUAAGCAUGCCGGCGAUCCCGUGGAGGCGUACGUCUGGCUGGAGGAGGCCCAAAGCAUGGACACGGCGGAUCGCUACAUCAAUUCGAAGUGCGCGAAGUACAUGCUGCGCGCCAACAUGGUGCAGGAGGCAGAGGAGAUCUGCGCCAAGUUCACCCGCGAGGGUGUCUCCGCCAUGGACAACUUGAACGAGAUGCAGUGCAUGUGGUUCCAGACGGAGUGUGCCCUGGCCUAUCAGCGCAUGGGUCGCUGGGGCGAGUCGUUGAAGAAGUGCCACGAGGUGGAGCGCCACUUUGCCGAAAUCGUCGAGGACCAGUUCGAUUUCCACACCUACUGCAUGCGUAAAAUGACGCUGCGCGCCUACGUUGGCCUGUUGCGAUUGGAGGACGUGCUACGCCAGCAUCCAUUCUAUUUCAAGGCGGCCAAGUGCGCCAUCGAGGUGUACAUUCGCCUGUACGACAAGCCGCUUAAGUCGGAGACAACCAUUGAGGAGAUUGACAUUGAGAACCUGCCGCCAUCAGAACUGAAGAAGCUGCGCAGCAAACAGCGCAAGGCCAAGAAGAAAGCUGAGCUGGAGAGUGCGCAGGCCGCACAGGCGCAGGUGAAGCGUGAGCAGCACCAGAAAUCGAAACAGCAGGCGAACCAGGAGACCGACCCCGAUGCUCCGCAGUUGGACGAGCUAGUGGCCGAGAAGCUGGAGCGUACGGACGAUCCGCUGGACAAGGCAAUUGACUUCUUGAAACCGCUGCAGCAGCUGGCUAAGGAGCGCAUCGAGACGCACCUACUGGCCUUCGAGUUGUACUACCGCAAGAACAAACUGCUCCUAAUGCUGCAGUGCAUCCGGCGCGCUCGCGUCGUCGACGCCGCGCACCCCGUAAUCCACAGCUGCAUUAUUCGCUUCGUUAAGUCGUUGACCAGCGCCGCCAAGGAGCAGCCGUUCAAUGAGCACGUGCAGAAGGUGCUGGAGAAGGCUACCAAAGAACUGAUAGGCAGCAAGACGCCCCAGCAGCUCAACGAUGAGUUCAUUGCCAAACACAACGCUUCCAUACUGCAUUUAUACGAGGGCGCCCGCAGUCUGUACGAACUGGACAAUAGUAAAAAGGCUGCCGCCAUCAAGCUGGUCACUAGCUUCAACCUGGCCAAGCUCCGGCUGGAGGAGGCCACCAAGAUCUACACAGCGUUGCGGGACGGCGAUGUGUUCGGCGAUUGCGAGGCAGAGGCCGCUUCCUACCAGCAGGCGUGUCACCAACGCUUCCAGUACGCCCGCAUCUUUCGCAAUGUCGAGGAGCUGGAGGCUCAGCUGCAGGAGAAGGAGGCCGCCAAGCUGCGCGCCGAGGAAGAGCAGCAGCAGCUGAUUCACGUUGAUUCUAGUGAACCGGUGUCUGUGUUGGCCACGGCAGCGGCAGCGUCUUAGGACCAAACAAGACUACUAACUAAUACCCGGGCCCGAGAAGUUAGUAACAGCAAGAACAGAUCUGCGGCCACCACACCAUCAAACACAACAAAAGCAACAAUAACGAGAAGUAAAGCGAAGAACCUAACUAACAACCAACAAUAUGAACAGGAAUAAGCUUAGCUCUAUAAACAACGGCAACCACAAUAAAAUUCACUAUUAACAACAACAAACCAAGUGCUCUGAUGAGGAGGACGCCACGCCGCUCUAGGCAUGGCCGCGUUUAUCUGAUCGGAUUGGAUUGGACCGGUACGGAUCAGAUCUGAGGCGGCGGUUGGCUUGGCGCUGUACCCUUGUGCGUGGCAUGUACCACCAGUCUGCCACCUGAGAACACAUACCGUCAUCCGUCACACAGCAUCCUACAAAAUGGUUUCGGCCGAGGACCGCGAACCAUGUAGUUAUCCAAGUUGUUGUAUCCACUGUUGUGGGAUUUCGAAAACUGAAUCAAACGGAACGAACCUUUGUUGACAACACCCGCUGGCUUUCUUAACAACACCUUAUUUUUUAUUAUUUUUAACGAAUGCAUUGUAUGUACAUAUGAAGUCGUAAUUAAUUAUACGCAAAUCAAAACCUUAA